AUGCACGACCCUGUGACCGGGCACCUACCCUCCGAGGAAUCCAGCUACAUCCUCGAGGCGAUGGAAGGGGAAGCCCUGGGCAUCAAGUACCCUGUCCAAGUCCCCUACAAACGGAUCAAGAGCAACCCCGGCUCUGUGAUUAUUGAGGGGCUGCCCCCCGGGAUCCCCUUCCGGAAACCCUGCACCUUCGGCUCCCAGAACUUGGAGAGGAUCCUCGCAGUGGCCGACAAGAUCAAAUUCACGGUUACCAGGCCUUUCCAAGGACUCAUCCCCAAGCCAGAUGAAGAUGAUGCCAACCGGCUUGGGGAGAAGGUGAUCCUCCGGGAGCAAGUGAAGGAGCUGUUCAAUGAAAAAUACGGUGAGGCCCUGGGCCUGAACCGUCCCGUGCUGGUCCCGUACAAGCUGAUCCGGGACAACCCAGAUGCCGUGGAGGUCACAGGCCUGCCCGAUGACAUCCCUUUUCGGAACCCCAACACCUACGACAUCCACCGGCUGGAGAAGAUCCUGAAGGCUCGGGACCACGUCCGGAUGGUCAUCCUCAGCCAGCUGCAACCUUUUGCUGAAAUAUGUGGAGAGGCCAAGCAGCCGGUGAAGGACAGCAGCGUCCCCAAACGCAAGCGGAAGCGAGUCUCCGAAGGGAAUUCUGUCUCUUCCUCCUCCUCCUCCUCUUCCUCUUCAUCGUCCAAUCUGGAGUCCACGGCCUCGACCAAUCAGAUUUCGCUUGUGCAGUGGCCAAUGUACAUGCUGGACUAUGGUGGUCUGAACGUGCACAUUCCAGGACCCAUUAACUACUAGACCUCAACGCUGACUCAGAACCUCAGACAGAAAGAAUAAAUACGUGUAAUUUAUGUAAAAAGUGUAUAUCCGGAUAUGUAUCGAUGCCUUUUAGUUUUUCCAAUGAUUUUUACACUAUAUUCCUGCCUUUUUAAAUAAAAAGAAAGUGUUGCCUUGC